AUGCAGAGUCCCUGCAGCAGCCUGUUGGGAUCCACUUGUGUUGUAGCUCCUGUGUUUACCAAGCAUCUUCAAGAUAUCUCUGCAACCAGAGGUCAGUCUGUCGUGUUUGAAUGCCGAGUCCAGGCCACAGCCGCAGUUCAAGUUCACUGGUACAGAGAGAAAGAGCAGAUAACCGACUCAGAUGACUUCCGAAUUCUGAGAAAAAAAGCUUGUUUAUCAUCCAUUCCUGAGGAAGUGUGCACCUUAAUUAUCACAGAAGCAUUUCCUGAAGAUUCUGGAGACUUCAAGUGCAUUGCAGAAAAUGAGGCUGGGACUGCAGUCUCCACAGCAAGACUCUUUGUUUCUCCAGAAGGAAAAGUGGAGAAAUCAGAGGGUUCUCGAAAGUCACCCACAAGAAAAUUUCCUCCAAAACUGGUCUCCUUUCCCUGGAGCAGUGACAGCCACACAAAGGAUAAAAAUCCAGACAAUACUUCAAUAAACCUUAUGCCAACUAUUCCUGAAACAGCCAGUCACAAUGAACAUGAGAUCCAGGUUCCAAAGGAGGAGUUCUGCACCAUCAAUGAAAAUUCCUCUGAGCUACAACCACAAUGGAACAAUAUUCUUCAAGAGAAGGCCACUCCAUCAAAGCCAGGAGCACUGUAUUCCCAGGAUCUCAACAAGGAGGCACAGACCAAGGUCGCUUCUGAUUCACUGCAACCUUCUGUAAUUCCAGGCUUGCAGACCCAGAUUCAGGACCCCACCCCUUCAGGAGCAAGUCAUUACAAUAAUAAGUUGCCUUCAACUUCCAUAAACCAGCUAAACAUGUUUAACUACGAACGUCCAAAACACUUCAUCCAAUCCCAAAAUCCAUGUGGCUCCAGACUUCAGCCUCCCGGACCGGAAAUCUCCAGCUACUCUAGCCAGACCAAACAGUCUUCCAUUACCAUCCAACCCCGCCAGUGCACAGAGCAAAGAUAUUCUGCCUCCUCAACUGUGAGCUCUCAUAUCACUAUGUCCUCCUCUGCUUUCCCUGCUUCUCCUCAGCAGCUUACUGGCUCCAACCCAGGCCAAAGGGUUACAGCUACUUAUAACCAGUCUCCAGCCAGCUUCCUCAGCUCCAUAUUACCAUCACAGCCUGAUUACAGCAGCAGUAAAAUCCCUUCCACUGUGGACUCCAACUAUCAACAACCCUCAGUAGGCCAACCUGUAAAUGUUAAGUCAUACCAAAAUGCAAAUGCUAAGCUCACACCAAGGACUCCUGACCACGAAAUACAAGGAUCAAAAGAAGCUCUUAUUCAAGAUUUGGAGAGAAAGCUAAAAUGCAAGGACAGCCUUCUUCACAAUGGAAACCAACGGCUAACGUAUGAGGAGAAGAUGGCUCGCAGAUUGCUAGGACCACAGAAUGCAGCUGCUGUGUUUCAAGGUCAAAAUGACAGUGAGGCACAAGAUUCAGCACAGCACAAUAUAGAACAUGCACGACUGCAAGUUCCUACAUCACAAGUAAGAAGCAGAUCAUCUUCAAGGGGAGAUGUGAAUGAUCAGGAUGCAAUCCAGGAGAAAUUUUACCCACCUCGUUUCAUUCAAGUGCCAGAGAACAUGACAGUUGAAGAAGGAAGAUUCUGCAGAAUGGACUUCAAAGUGAGUGGACUACCAGCUCCUGAUGUGUCAUGGUAUCUGAAUGGACGACCAGUUCAAUCAGAUGAUUUUCACAAAAUGAUAGUGUCUGAGAAGGGUUUUCAUUCACUCAUCUUUGAAGUGGUCAGAGCGUCAGAUGCAGGGGCUUACGCAUGUGUUGCCAAGAACAGGGCAGGAGAAGCCACCUUCACUGUGCAGCUGGACGUCCUGGCAAAAGAACAUAGAAGAGCACCAAUGUUCAUCUACAAACCACAGAGUAAAAAAGUUUUUGAGGGAGAAUCAGUGAAGCUAGAAUGCCAAAUCUCGGCUAUACCUCCACCAAAGCUUUUCUGGAAAAGAAAUAAUGAAAUGGUACAAUUCAACACUGAUCGAAUAAGUUUAUAUCAUGAUAACUCUGGAAGAGUUACUUUAUUGAUAAAAGAUGUAAACAAAAAAGAUGCUGGAUGGUAUACUGUGUCUGCAGUUAAUGAAGCUGGAGUGACCACAUGUAACACAAGAUUAGAUGUUACAGCCCGUCCAAACCAAACUCUUCCAGCUCCUAAACAGUUACGUGUCCGGCCAACUUUCAGCAAAUAUUUAGCACUUAACGGGAAAGGUCUGAAUGUGAAACAAGCUUUUAACCCUGAAGGAGAGUUUCAGCGGCUGGCAGCUCAAUCUGGACUCUAUGAAAGUGAAGAACUUUAA